AUAAACUCCCACUACAUUUAUCUGGAUAUUUCUACCAUCCCUGGACACACAAUGUGCAGAGGACUAGCAGCACUCCAAAAUAUCUGCUUGGAAAGGGCUAAAGGGUUAAAAGCACGCAUGAGCAGCUUUUUGCUGAAGCAAGACUGGAAGAUUCUGUGCUAUGCUUGCAAGCUGAGAAAACCAAGACUGACCUUGGAGGAAUGUUUGAUAUGGAAGGAGUCUUUUGAAAAUCUGCUCUCUAGCAAACAUGGACUAUAUGCCUUUAGAGCUUUUCUGGUGUCUGAAUUUAGUGAGGAGAACAUCGCUUUCUACCUAGCCUGCAAGGAUUAUAAAAACACAAAAUCCGAAGCUAAACUCCAAGCCAAAGCCGAGAGGAUUUACAACGAAUUCAUUGGAAGUGAAGCUCCAAGAGAGGUCAACAUUGACCACGAGACUCGAGACAUCACCCAGGCCAACAUCAAGCUCCCUACAUCAACCUGCUUUGAUCAAGCUCAGCACCGAAUCUACAUCCUCAUGGAAAAGGACUGCUACCCACGAUUCCUCCAUUCCAGUGCUUACCGUGACCUGGUGAUGCAGCUAACCAAAAAACACGCCAAAGCUGCCAUCAAAAAAGCAUGAGAAGCUUUUCCAAAAAUGUGUAAAGAAGCGGAAAGAUGACAGAAGAAGUGCUGUGAACCUCUGAUGGCUUGGAGCCUAGACUUUUUGAGACGGCCCCUGUGCUGAUCCUGAUAUAGGACAGCAUGCCUGUAACUGGAGAUGAAGACAAAGUUGAUGGCUUCAGAUCAUAAACUCUAGCAGCCUAGGGUGGGAGAAGACCUUGCCGUUAUUGUUUCCCUUUAAUGGCAUGAAAGACAAAGUCAUGGAAAGGACUUGUGUAGCACCUCCAUCACAGCCACACCAACAUGUUGGGACUAAACCAUCCACAAUUUGGAUAUGCAAAUAAGCUCUUCAAAUUACAAUCAAUAUUUUAUAUUUUUUUUAACACGUACGUUUCAAUAAGGAAGCUAAUUAAAUUGUGAUUAUUUAUUUCUAUAUUUAUUUAUGGACUCAUUUAUUUAACUUAA